AUGUCCGAAUCUGACAGAAAGGAGAUUAUCAUUCAUUUCAAUAAUGAAGAUGUAUUUGAGGAGCACGAAAAGACUGUUCUAGCCAUAAUUGAGGAUGAUACUGAGGACGACGAUAUCACCACCCAACCAAGCUAUCCUCCAAUUUAUCACCCUCCACCGAUGACUACAGGCGCUAUUGAAAGGUUGCAGGCUUUGAGUGGAGUCAAAGUGUUUAUAGAAGAGUAG